AUGGGGAACAGCCCGUCUAAGAAUAGUCAAUAUGCAUUUCAGAGUACGAACAAACAGUCACAGAAUGGAAAUGAGCAACAGCAGUUGCAAGUGAGUGAAGAAUCCUCUAAUGAACCUAAUGAUCCUGAUGAUAGUAGGUCUCUACCUACUCAAAUUAAAAACAUCUCUAUUUCCAAGGCCAGGAAUAACAAUGUCCUUACUACUGACAAUGGGGCAGAUGGGGCUGGGUCGACGCCCCAUCCUAGACGGAGUCCUUAUUUUGAUAUGAAGAUCGAUAUGCAUGGAGCGCGGGCGAUGCAAAAUAUUUCUAGUUCUACAGAGUCUUCGGGUUCUGCGUUUUUGGGGUCGAAUUCGAGCUCAACGGCUUCUAGUAGUGCUACUACGAGUUCUUCGUCUAGCCUGUCGCUGAAACAUGAUAAUAAUGGCCUAAGCUUGUCGAAUUCAUAUUUGGAAGCACCGGGAUUGCUGCCGUUGAAGAACGGGUCUUUGCCCUCGAGCGUGGACUCUGCGUCUUCUGCUACGACUAGCAAUACUGCUGGAGGCAGUUUGCCGACGAUUGCCGAAGAACGGGGGGAGCAACAGGCACAGCAACCGCAUGACCAUCGCCAUCGCCAUCUCCAUCGCCAUCGCGAUCAUGAUUCUAGUGGUGCAACUAUUAAUAAUAAAAAGAAAGUUCCUUCCUGCGUGUCCUCUUCACUAUUGAAAAAGACCAGGAUUCCCAAUCCUCGUUCUACGCCGCCGGUCAUAUUAAGAAAGAAUUCGCACGACCCGUACAAUGCGGAUACAUUGGAUGUUGACGACGUCAUUGAGAGGUUGUUGCACCUUGGGGAAACGAGGUUUUAUCACUCGCGGGACUUUCCCUUCCAUUCAUGGGAAGUGCAAUUGAUAUGUGCUACCGCAAGAGAGAUUUUUCUGGAUCAGCCUUCUCUUUUACGUCUUCAGGCUCCCAUAAAAAUCGUUGGUGAUGUUCAUGGACAGUUUACGGAUUUAUUACGGGUAUUGAAGUUGUCGGGUAUACCUCAUGACACAAACUACUUGUUCCUCGGUGACUAUGUUGAUCGUGGUAAACAGUCUCUUGAAACUAUCAUAUUAUUGCUAUGUUACAAGAUCAAGUAUCCGGAUAGGUUUUUUAUGUUACGAGGAAACCACGAGUCCGCUAAUGUUACAAAGAUGUAUGGUUUCUAUGAUGAAUGCAAGCGCCGGAUGUCAACAAAGGCCUGGAAGCAAUUUGUGGACGUAUUCAAUACUCUACCAUUUGCUGCCAUUGUCCAGGAAAAAAUAUUCUGCGUGCACGGCGGAAUCUCUCCCCAGCUCGCCAAUAUGAAGCAAAUCGAAAAGAUCGCGAGGCCGACCGAUAUCCCAGAGGAAGGGUGGCUAACUGAUUUGUUAUGGUCUGAUCCAGACCCCGCUGUCUCUGAAUGGGCUUUAAACGACCGUGGUGUAUCCUAUACGUUUGGAAAACGAAACGUGUAUGACUUUUGUUCCAACUUUAAAUUUGAUUUGAUAAUCAGAGGACAUAUGGUGGUUGAGGAUGGUUAUGAGUUUUUCGCCAAGAAGAAGUUUGUGACGAUUUUUAGCGCACCAAAUUACUGUGGUCAAUUCCAGAACUGGGGUGCUGUUAUGAGUGUGACAACUGGCAUGAUGUGCAGCUUCGAGUUGUUGAAACCGCAUGGUGCGAAAAUUAAGAAAAAAUGA